CGGGCGUCGCGGUAGGAGCGUGCGCCCUAGCGUGUGUGAUGGCGGGCGACGGUGACGGGUGCUGGGCCUUGUGGCGGGCUGAGAACGACCGGCUGGCCCGGCGCUGGCGGAGGGCGGCGCCCUCUCCCGGCUCGGCUCCACCUCAGCAAUUCGCGGAACUGCUGAGGAAGAUUCAAGGGCUCCCCGCUGUCCUCCCGAGCCUUUCCUUGGAGCUGGCCAUCCUCUGCAACGCCCUGCCCUUCGAGAUGCGCCCGCCCGGCGGCGGCCCCCAGCGCGCCUCGGCCUGGAUCGAGCGGGGACUCCGGCGAGUGUUGGAAGCUUUCGCUGCGCCCGAAGAGGGUCUCGAUUGUGGGGAACUCUGGCCGAGGGUCCUCCAGCAGGCCGCGCCCAAGGAGCUCCGGGCCCCCUUGCAGCACCUGGCGGCUCUGCAGGCAGCGUCGUGGCUGGCCGGCCACCAGCUGGAGAGAGCCCGGGAUCUCCUGCUGCUCCUUAACGGUGCCCAGAUCCCAGACCCUUCUUGUGUUGGUUGUGACAGUGAGCUCCUUUCACUGCUGCAGAUGUGGCACCCCCAUGAAAUGGGAGAGUCUGACCCCCUGGUGGUGCAAACCAUCACAGAUUUGAAAGAGACUCUGUGGACUUCAGCUGCCUUCUUGCAAGGUGUUCAGGAGCUGGAAUCUGACAACCCCCACCAUGCCCUUGUCUUACUCCAAGCGGCUGCAUCUGGGCUAUGUUCUAAGCGGGUCCUUGCCCAGAUCUUCACCUUAAUGGGAAGCUGCUACCGGAAAAUAGGCAAGCCACACACAGCGCUGCACCAUCUGAAGCAAGCCCUGGAGAUGGACUCCACCUUCCUGCCAGCCUUGUACCAAGCCGCUCUCGUAUACCACCAACUGGAGCUCACAGAGGCAGAACUGGAAGCUCUGCUGCUGCUUUGUCAGGCUCUGGAGAGUCCUCCACAGGUAACCCUGGAGUCCCACAACCUCCAUUUCCUUAUCCGAACAGAGCUCCUCACCAGCGGAUGCCAUCCGGCUGCUUUCCUUGCCCCAAGCUGCCCGUCAGGAGUGAAAUAUAUGCUGGCCAAGAGAUGUUUGCAGGCAGAGAGGGCAACAGAGGCUGCAGAACAUUACCUGGACCUUCUGGCUCUCUUUCAGGAAGGACUUCUUCCCCAGGUGUCUCAGUGCAGUGAGCUGGCCAUGCCCAGAAUUCCAGAGGUCUUCCUGGAAGCAGCCUCGGCUCUGGAGGAGGCAGCCAGGCACCAGGAGGCCAUCAUGGUGUGCGAAGAGGUGGUCUCCCGCGUAAGCAGGCUCAUCCCGGCCAGGCUGCGCAUUGUGCUGGACCUGAGUUCUGAAGAGAAGGCCAUAGGGGCGGAGAGGUCCCCCUUGGCCAAAUCUCCUGCUGCUGUCCUGGAAGAGCAGAGAGAGAGCCUGCGCUGUGUCCUUUGGCAAGCAGCUGCCCACUUGAUCCAGGGCUGGGCAAGAGCCCAGCUGAGAGAAACCAAGGAAGCCAUAAACAGCUUUAGCAGGUGUCUUAAUGAUCUCCUGAGAGUCCAUUUGGUCAGCACAGGUAUGGACAGAGGCAACUGCAGAACUGAACCAGAAAGGGAGAAGACAGCCAUCCCGGAGGUGGAGCAGCUCCCCCAAAUCAGACUCCUGGCCUUGACGGGAAGAGGGAUCCAAUUUCUGGAGCUGGGGAAGUUUAAACAAGCCUUGAUGGAUUUUCAGUACAGCCUGCAGGUCUCUCCAGACAGCCACACGUCCACCUUGUACUUAUUACAUACCCUCUGGAAACUUGACCGGAAGCAGGAGGUGGUUGCACACUGGCCUAAGCUCCCAUCAGAAUCUGGUCCGAUGGAGGAAAACACAGGAAGAUCUUUCCCACUAUACCUGAGAUCGUGCAUGAAACAGAUGGAGUUUCCUCACAAGGAAUCCUUUGCCAAGGACAUAAAAAGCCACCUUGGGGAAAACGGCCAGGCGCUUUAGUAUUGCGGUGGCUUCUCUCCCCUUGCCAGCCUUCGUCUCAGCUGCUUCUCUCCCUUUCGAAAGAGCUUCUCCAGAGUUUGUGGGAAGAAGAUGAUGCUUUCUGUUUUGAGUUCUCGGGGGCAGGGGAGUGGGAGGGGUGACCUUUCUUAAUGGCUCCCACAUAAAUAUCUGCCAAGGAGCUCUGGCUCAUGGAGCUGACUGGUAUGACUCAGGAGGGCUUCACGCUCAAUGGGAAGUGGAGAAGAGGCCCAGGCACGGAGAACGUGGCUCCCCUUCGUAAUGGAGGAGAAUGGGUGACCCUCAAUGGGCAGCAGUUCAGAGGAACGGUUUCCAGAGCUUCUGGAUCAAGACCAGGAAGAACUUCAAAUAGGCAUCCUGCUGGGGUGAGACCCAUUGAAAUAUGGACAUCGAGCAAAAUGAGUUGUUCUAAAGCAGGCGUCUCCAAACUUGGCAACUUUUUAAGAAUUGUGGACUUCAACUCCCAGAAUUCCCCAGCCAGUGCAUGCUGGCUGGGGAAUUCUGGGAGUUGAAGUCCACAAGACUUAAAAGUUACCAAGUUUGGAGACCCUUGUUCUAAAGUAGCAGACAAAGCAAGACUUCGAGAUGUACCACAAAGAAAGAAGAUUCCUGAAUAUGGAAGUCCUCCUGAGAUCUUUCUUGGUUAAGAUUAAAAGGAGUUAAAAACCAAAUUAGGCCAUUUGGGGAUCUGACUGUAGCCCCCUUCACCCAGGCAGAGGAUGCAAAUGCUUCCUUUCUAAGUCACCUUUCAAGAUCGUUCGAGUGGUAAUAGGAACCUUCAGUUGCCCCAAUAUUUGCUGAAAAAUUAAAGAGUCAAAUUCCCACAGAUUUCUCCUCUCUCUUGAGAACUGAAUGAUGAAUGGAAUGUAAGUACUGUACAUUUACUCCUUACAUCAAGCCAAGAUCUACCUGACCAGUAUUGUUCUCCUAGUGCCUCUCCUCCUAUAUAGGGAAACGAGUGAAGUUUUCCAAAUUAGUGGUCUUGAUAGGCUUCCAUGAUUUGUUUAACCCCUUGUUACAUUCAUCCAAGUUAGUGGCCACCAGGUCAAAAUGGGAACAAUGUGUAUAGAAGUGCUUUUUUUGAUUUGUCCUAAUUUUUUUCUUUUUCAGAUCCCACCUGAUUCUUCCUCCCUAUCCCCUUUCCGUAUACAAUACAUGAUGUGUAUUUUCAGUUUGA